ACCCGGCCUCCGCGGGGGCGGCGGGGGGGGAAGGAAAACCACGCCCCGGCAGGGUCGCGGGGCUGAGGCGGGAGCCGCCGCUGCCAGGGAAGGAGAUGAUAGGUGGAAAUGAGUCCUGUACUGCAGGACCGAUUCCUAUGUCCUACUUAACCUGCCUGAUUUACAUUCUGGGAGAAUGGACUGGCGUGGAGCAUAUUGAAGAUUAUCUGAGUUAUGCAGUCUACCUUUCAUGGGUGCUUUUUCCACUCGCAGUAGUUUUACUACUUCCGGGGGUUCUCAUCAUCCUCUUCUACACUUCCAUUCUCCUUCUUCAUAUUUAUAAAAGGAAGAAUGAACUAAAGGAAGCUUAUUCCAAUGAUUUUUGGGGUGGUGCAAAACAGAUGUUGGCUACCCUAUGGGAUGGACAUGGAAGAAUAUGGCAUGGUUAUGAGCUUCAUGGUGCCGAAAAUAUUCCUGAAGGACCAGGGCUUAUUGUGUUCUAUCAUGGAGCUACUCCUGCUGACUGUAUCUAUUUCAUGGCUAGACUUCUUAUACAAAAGAAGAGAUACUGCCACAUAGUAGCUGAUCAUUUCGUCUUUAGAUUACCAGGUUUUAAAAUAUUGCUUGAUGUACAUGGAGUUAUGCAUGGACCAAAAGAAGAAUGUGUCAGUGCUCUGAAGAAGGGCUGUCUGAUAGCCAUUGCCCCAGGUGGAGUUCGGGAAGCACUCUUCAGUGAUGAAAUGUAUACUAUUAUCUGGGGUAAUCGGAAGGGCUUUGCUCAGGUGGCCAUUGAUGCAAAAGUGCCCAUCAUUCCUAUGUUUACACAAAAUGUUCGAGAAGGCGUUAGGACAUUAGGAGGAAUAAAAAUAUUUAGGUCACUAUAUGAACGUAUUAGAUUGCCACUAGUUCCUGUGUACGGUGGGUUUCCAGUCAAGCUUCGUACAUUUAUCGGAGAACCCAUUCCAUAUGAACCAAAUAUAACUGCUGAGGAACUAACUGCAAAGACAAAAGCAGCACUCCAAGCUCUAAUAGAAAAACAUCAGAAAAUACCAGGAAAUAUAUUUAGGGCUUUAAUGGAACGAUUUCAAACACAAAAGAAGGAAGAUUAAGGUCUUCCGAAUAAAAUACUAUUUAGUUAUAGUAACUUAUUCAUUCUUCUAAUAAUAGAUUUUAAAUACUGUCCUUAUGAUACUGCUGUAUAAUUUAAGAUAUAAGACACUUUCCCUUGCCCUUCCCCCUGUCCAGUAUCAAGCUCAGGAACCCAAACUUCAAAUCAUUCGUAAUGGGACAAAGCUUAGUCUUUGAUAAAUGCAUUCCUAUCUUGAAAACGUUUUUUUCCAAAAUGACACUGGAAGUCUUUAUGU